UACAGACACUAUAAUAGAUGAAGUGUGGAUAUUUAUGCUUUAGCAGCCAUUUUGGUAGUGCCUCUUAUUCGUGCUGGUACUUUUUUUCUCCAUUCAUUCACUUACUCGGUUAUCAAUUUACUUCUUUUAUGCUGUUCACACGGUGCAGCUUCGACAAGUUUUUGUUUCUCUUGACUUACAGCCGGAAUAGGUAUGAGGAACACAAUUAUUGUCAUCUUGCUGUCUACAGUAAUGCUGUUUGGCAUGCUGGAACAUACAGAAGCCAAAGGAUUUAAAAGGGCUGCUCCUCCUGGCAUUUAUAAUGGUCCUCCUGGCAUUAAUGGUGCUCCUUCCAGUGGUGGAAUCAAAGCCAAAGUAUUUAAAAGGGCUGCUCCUCCUGGCAUUUAUGAUGGUCCUCCUGGCAUUAAUGGUGCUCCUUCCAGUGGUGGAAUCAAUGCUGAAAUCAUUGAGAAGCCUCCUGAAGGACGGCGCUAGUCGUGCUGAAUACCUCACUAUACCAGCGCAAACCUACGUCUACAUGUAUGUGGAGGCGCUGUGGACUGAAAAAUACCCAGGAGAUGAACUUCAGCGUUGGCAAUGUAAAUGACAAUACUGAUCGAGAUCAUCACAGCCCCGACAUGGGAAUGACUAUUUGCUUAUCAUUAUUUUUUUUUUUGGUGGUGGGGGUGAUAAUAAAAAUAGCAUUUUACAUACUUUCUCAGAAAAUGUGUUUAUGAUUACAGUAUCUUGUUAGUUACCCUCUCUUAAAACUAAAUCCAAUUACACUUUUUAAUUGUCAGUUUGGUUUGUCUUUGGAAGUUUGAUUAUUUUAUUCGAUUUUAAUCAAAAUUUCAUAUUAGACACUGCAAUGUAUAUUAAUAUCCAUAUGCUUUGUGCUUUGAAGUGAUUUGUAUGUGUUUCCCUCCAUUUUCCUCUCUCGAUUGCACACAUCUCCUCUUUCCUAAUAUGUUAUACAUAUAGACCUUUUUGUUGUAUAUGGCAGGGAACAUAUUUUUUCAUUUAUUUCUUUGUAUUAAUAUGAGACUUGUGAACAAAUCUACAAGUUAUACAGAGGACUAAUUUAGAAUCAUGUUUCAACAAUUUAUGUAUAUCUAAUGUGACCAAAAGUUGAAUCGCCAUUAUAAAGUUAGGAUAGCAUCACAAUCACAAUGAUCACAUAUUUUAAAAGAUGUUAAAAGCUUUCCAUUUUCAUCUAUGGUCUUAUUUACGAAAUAAAACAUUGUC